AUGAGGAGACUGUGGGAGGAAGCAACUUCGAAAAACUUGAAUCGAUCAGAGAAUUACUCACAUGUCGCUGUAUUACUUGUGAAGUGGGCAGAAGAGCUGGACGAGCUCAAGACCCGCAGUGAGUUGGAAGAACUCGCAGCUGUCUUUCGUGAGCAAUUUCACUUCCACACCGAGACUGUGGAGCUCAAUGUCGCAAGCAAACCCCAACUUCAGCUGCAUCGACGUAUAUCAACCUUCGCCGCAGAAAACGAUGGACCAAACAGUCUAAUGAUUGUGUACUACACUGGAAACGGUGUCUAUAGAGAGCUAGAAAAUUAUCUACAAUUGUUCGCAAGCAUCGUUCCUGUAAUGGGUGGGGGUCUCAAGGAUGCUCACGUAAACUGGCAGAAGGCAGAAAAGAUUCUGCGAUCAGAGGACAUAGAUGCAGACGUUCUGACAAUUUUGGACACGUGCUAUGCAAGUAAUUCCAUGCAUAAUCGGAGUUCCGGCGGGAACGGAUACUCGGAAGGAAAGAGCACAAAUUCGUCAAGGCGAAUGGAGUUACUAAGUGCUUGUCCUAUCGAUCAAACCACAGCAUCACCUGGCCCGUGGUCCUUCACUCGAGCUCUGAUUGAUACCCUGAGAGAUCUGGUAAGGGAACGUGGCGACAAGUCCUUCUCGACGUUUUACCUGAAUCAGCGCAUUUGUAUGGAUGUUCGACGACACGAAACACCAUCUCACCUCUGGCGUCUGCUGCCGAACGAUCAGUCUAUUUCUCUCGCGCCGAUAGGGACAUCAGAGUGCCUACGAGCAAGCAGUCCCCCUCUGGCGCAGUUGAAGCUGAGCUUUGGUCUUCGGGACCAGUCUCUCAACGAAAAGCAGGUGGAGUUCUUGGCUCAUUGUCUGACAAAAGCGCUACAAAACCAAACGGUUGUCAGUGUUCGAAAAAUCGACUGGCUGAGACUUGAACCGACGCCACUCUUUCAGUUUGAGCGAUGGACUGUAAUCAUCAUCGCCCUAUUACGGUGGAAGAAAGCCGUACUCACAAAGCGAGGAGAAAGACAAUAG